AUGGAUGACAUGGAUACAUCAACAGUUGAAGAAAAGAAAUUACCAAAUCGUAAUAAGGCAAGCCCGUCGAAACGUUUAUUUCACAUAAAUCGAAAACUUUUGGUCUCAAAGAUAUUUUAUUUUUUCUACUGGGGAGCAGUUGGAUCAUUUCUUCCUUUGUUAGGUGUCUAUUUUAAACAACUUGGGAUGAGCCCUAGUCAAAGUGGAACGUUAGUUGGAUGUAGACCUAUGGUGGAGUUUGUUAGUGCUCCGAUGCUUGGCUCUCUAGCUGAUAAACUAGACAGAAGAAAAACUUUACUAUUAUUCUCACUAGUAUCAUGGAUUUCAUUUACAUUCUCGUUUGCUUUCAUUAAACCGGCACCUGUGUCGUGCAAAAAAUAUUUUCUACUGACUAAAAAUGUAUCGGAAAUCUCAAAACAUGCAACAUUGGAACUUAGAGAUUUUCUUGGCCCAAGAACAGCGACAAAAACAUUACCACCCGAACCAAAAGCUAAAAACUCUCUUGUGUUUAGUCCAAGCGGAGUACAUCAAGUAUUUCUUGUGUUAUUAUUUCUAACAGUCAUUGGUGAAUUCUUUUCAGCACCCGCCAUAACUUUAGCUGACUCAGCGACUUUACAAUUACUUGGCGACGAAAAAGAUAAAUAUGGUCGACAAAGAUUAUGGGGAAGUUUCGGUUGGGGAACAGCAAUGUUUGUACUUGGUUUCGUUAUCGACAAGAUACAAGGUUAUGAAGUAUGUGGAGAAGUUGUUAGUAACAACUACACGCCAGCAUUUUAUUUUUUUGUUGUGUUAAUGUCGUGUGCGCUACUGGUCGCCACCCGUUUUUCCUUUAUUUCAAAAGAACAGCAACCAAAAUCGAAAGCUGGUGGCGGACUACAGCUUCUGCGGGUUCUCCUCACAAUUCGUUAUCUUUCCUUUCUAUUCGUUGCUUUCUUUAUGGGAUGUGGUUAUGGUUUGAUUUCAACGUUCUUAUACUGGCAUCUCGAGGAUUUAGGUGGGCCGCCCACUUUAUUUGGCAUUGCGUCAUUAUUAGAUCAUAUUUCCGAAAUUAUUUGUUAUUUUCAAGUGGAGUAUAUUAUACAAAAAAUCGGACAUGUUCCCGUAUUAUAUCUAGGCUUAAUAGGAAAUAUUAUUCGCUUUGUAUUUAUCUCACUGUUAUCAAAUCCUUGGCAUGUGUUGCCUUUAGAAAUCCUGCAAGGAAUUACCCAUGCGGCAGUGUGGGCGUCUUGCACUAGCUAUAUUGGGAAAAUCGCACCACCGGAAUAUGCUACCUCUGCACAAGGUGUUCUACAAGGGUUAUAUCACGGGUUAGGGAGAGGUUGCGGGGCAAUACUUGGUGGAAUAUUUAUUCAUACUUAUAACACAGAGACAGUAUUCAGGUCAUAUGGUAUUGGAUGUUGUGUUGUGCUAAUUAUUUAUUCCAUAAUCAACUAUAUAUUAGGGAAGAAUACAACAAAAUCUUCAUCAAAAAGUAAAGUCUCGCCCACUACAACUCCCGGUACUCCUCCAGCUAUUGAAUUGUCCCUUGAAUUUGUCCAAGAUGUCAUGCCGGGUAAUACUAAAGAGGACAAUGUGGAAAACAUUAAUACACAUCAAAGAAAACCUUCUGUCAAUAAUAUUGCUAAUACUAGCUAUUAG